UUCUGCUUCACUUCGUAUUGCUGAAUUCAGGUGUGAAUCAACACAUAGAGGACUUACCUGGUUCCGGCCUUAGAAGUCAAUAUUUUAUGCAAAUAUUAAAACCAACCAUACACUAAUGUUGGUCUUUCAAGCACGGUCCAUUAAACAUCUAGAAGCUUUUACUCAAAGAUGUAUAUCUAGAUUGUCCAUUACACUCUAUGCUCGUUACUCGGAUGCUCCUUCCAAGAAAUCUAAGCUUUCUCCUUUGCAGGAGAGAAGAAUGAUAGACCAGUGUAAGAUAUUUGCAAAAGCAGGUGAUGGAGGUAAUGGUUGCUCGAGCUUUCGCAAGGGCAGACCUGAUGGUGGCAAUGGUGGGAGAGGCGGUGACGUGAUUCUGGAAUGCUCUCCCAGAGUUUGGGACUUCAGUGGUUUGCAGCGUCACCUGAUAGCAGAGAAAGGGGGACAUGGAUCAUCAAAGAUGAUGAUAGGAACCAGAGGGGCUGAUAAGGUUGUCCGCGUACCGGUUGGCACUGUUCUUCACCUUGUUAGUGGUGAUAUUCCUUCUAUAGUUAAAACCCAAUCCUCAACAGAUGUAGACCCUUGGGAGAUUCCUGGUGCACUUGUUGAUGAUCUUCCUGACCCUUGCAAUGGUUCUAUCUCCAAUGUUAAAUGUGGGGAAGAAGUCAAAGCAAUACAUCCUACUAGUCGCUCCUCAUCACGAGCUGCUGAAACAAAUGUUGAGAAAUCUGAAAAAUCAGGACACGUUGCAUCAAAAGCUGUAUCUUCUCAACCUUCCACUUCUAAGUGGACUGCCGAAAAUGGCACAGAGAAUAGAGGAGAUAUACUAUACAAUGUUGCUGAAUUCACAAAAGAAGGUCAAAAAAUUCUCAUUGCUUGUGGAGGUGAGGGUGGUCUGGGCAAUGUGUCUCUUUCCAAGGAUUCAAAGAAGCCUACGACUGUGAAGGAAGGGGCAUUUCAACAGCACAUAUCUAACCUUCAGGACUCUGACACUGUUUACUCCUCCCUGCAUGUAGGUUUACCUGGUUCUGAGACUGUUCUUAUAUUAGAACUCAAGAGCAUUGCUGAUGUAAGCUUUGUGGGAAUGCCUAAUGCUGGUAAAAGCACUUUACUUGGGGCUAUAUCAAGGGCCAAGCCUACCGUUGGUGACUAUGCUUUCACUACUCUUAGGCCAAAUUUGGGGAAUCUGAACUAUGAUGAUCUCUCAAUAACUGUGGCUGAUAUUCCUGGACUCAUAAAGGGUGCACACCAAAAUCGUGGACUUGGACAUGCAUUUCUGCGCCACAUAGAACGCACAAAGGUUCUGGCCUAUGUGAUAGACUUGGCUGCUGCUAUAGAUGGAAGAAAAGGAAUUCCACCAUGGGAACAACUGAAAGAUUUAAUUCUAGAGCUCGAGUACCAUCAAGAUGGUUUAUCCAAUCGACCAUCCUUGAUAGUUGCAAAUAAGAUUGAUGAGGAAGGUGCAGAUGAAGUGUAUAAAGAGUUAAAGAGAAGGGUCCAGGGUGUUCCCAUAUUUCCUGUGUGCGCUGUUUUGGAGGAAGGGAUAGCAGAGCUUAAGGCUGGCCUUAGAAUGCUUGUCAGUGGUGAAAUGUCAUACAGACUUUGCCUAGAUCAAAUUGUGCUUGGUUAGAUUGUU